CGACAAGAGAGCAAGUCCGGAAAGCAUAGCAACUGCUCCCCGGANAUAGACGUUCCAUAGGACGAAGGAAUGACAAUAACCAUAUCUUCACUAGAGCGACAAGAGAGCAAGUCCGGAAAGCAUAGCAACUGCUCCCCGGAUUACSCCACGAUGGUUCUGGUUCAGUGCCCUUCGUCCACCGCAACGGCGAAUGUCGCCGACAAUGUAACUACUCCCAACAAACCACGCCUGGAUAGUGGGAUCAAACGCACCGUGGGACGAAGCAGGAGACGAAGGCCAAUGRCAGGCACUCCAAGUACUGCUGCUWUAGAUAGUGCGGUUGACAAGGAGAAUCGUCGGCAUUGUCGUUCUGCUAGACACAAGGCAAACAUUACGUCGACGCCUGUCCAAAGCAGCGGAAAGGAUAUCUAUUCGAUACACUAUCAUGACGACGACGAAUUUGUUUCGCUUGCGGAAACAAAGGACGAGCACUCCUCCUCUCACUUGCCCAUUGCUGCGUCUCUUACRGAGACUACCGCCCAAUACGAUAUCCAGAACGAUGGCCAGAUUUUUGAGGCUUGCUGUAGAGAAUUUCGACGGUCGUCAAAAAAAGCGUCGGUUCCAUUCAAAUUAUGGAGAAUCUUUCCGGACCUACCCGACACAAUAAUUCGCAUGUCUCUCUCCAAAUCCAUCACUGCAGAAUCUCUGGGACUUACUGAGCAUUCAACCGCUUUGUUAAAUUUUUCCAGGAAACUUAUCAAGGACGUAAAUAGUGCAGCCAAGUCUCCCAGGGACAAUCUGUUUGUUGCGGUCCAUGUGUUGAGGUCGGUGUCAUUUGUUUUCGCAGAUACGGCGACGAUAGAGCAGAAGGAAUCCUUACUAAAAUUGUUCUACCACUUGAUUACUGUAGCUGUUGAUAUAGAAGGAACAAAAGGUGGGAAUAAUUCACAAGAAAACGGUGACAAACAUCGAUUGAAAUGGAUCGCCAUUGCAGGAUAUGAAGGACUGGCAAGUAUCUUGUCUCACUAUUCGAUAAAACAGAAAUUUAAUGAAGGAGAACAACGAACUGUAUCCUUCCAAUUGACACGAAAUGAUUUUGCAGAUCAAAAUUUAAUUGACGAAAGGAUAAUCUUUGCGGUUCCAUCUACUGCCAGGAGGAAAUUGGUAGACUCGAAAACAUCCUCUUUUGGAACCAUGAGCAUACGACAAUUGUCUACCAUUGCAUUGAAAACCACCAUGGUCGUCGCGAAAGCGAUACUGCAUCUUGACCCGAUAGAAUAUGGAUGCUUGUCAUCGUGCUACGGGAGUUUAGCAAUCAUCCCAGCAUUGGACUUCUGCAAUGAGGGCGAAAAAGGAACCUGUCGUUUCCAACGAAUUGCUUUGAGGAUACUGCGACAGAUAUAUGGUCCUUGGCUCUCGCUAUUAGCAAGUGACAUGAUAAACGAGCGAGAAGUUGCUAAGGAAGUCAUUUCAUACUCGAAAAGCACACAUCGGUUGCUUUGGGAUGCGGCAUCGACACUAAAGUCUCGUUCCUCCCCCGACAGACCCAAAAAAUGYACCAGCUGUAGCAACGACAACAAUCACAACAAAAUCAUCGAAAGYGAUUGUUUAGAACUCCGGAAGCAUGCAAUUUUGCAUCUCUUACCGUGCACCGGUGUUUCGGAGAUAGAUUUGUUGAUACGGAAGACGUCUCUUGAAAAUGGAUGCACAUAUGCCUGGAAAGCUGCUAUGGUAUUUUCUCAGCACAUGGCAUCGUGUUCAUCUGAUGCCCCUGCGGGUAAAUCGUUGCUAUCCAAAAUGUAUACCGAGUUGGAGUCGACGUUUGCCAGAUUCGUUGAUAUGGAUCCGGUUGUACCUCUUGGAUUAAUUGAAUAUAAAGUUUACAAAACUUUACAUUUGGGUUCAUUUUCGACGACAACCAUCGAUAUUCUGAAUCAUACGCGUUCCGACUCCAUCGAAUUUAGCAUCGGUGAYGACGAGUUACAGAAUGGAAACUACAGAAUACUUUUCUAUAUACUAGAACUUGGACUUCUGAGCAAAACGAGAAUUGAAUCAUCGUCCAAUAUCGAAAAAUCAAUGACUGCUACUACUUCGACAUCCUUGUUGGAUAAACUGAUACUAAGUUUCAAUCAGCAGAUAACAUUUCAACUCGACAAGUUCUCUAGCGACGUUUUGAAUCGAGUUUUGAAAGCCUUUUGCAACCUGUCGCUACAUAAAACUCUGUAUCUAUGGAUAAAACAACAACGCAAUUCGGGAGAUCAAUCUGCGACAAACCUAUCGGAAAGCGAACUCUUCACUGUGUCGACCAUUCUAACAGAAUGUCUUGGUCCAUUCAUGUCGGUCUUUGUGCAUAAAUAUCCGCAAAAGGCMCCACAACUUGUUGACUUGGUGAUGGAAUGCUUCCUUCGGCCUUUAUCUUUUUACGAGUACAUGCUGAUUCAGCGACAAACGGAAGAUAAUGAAUACAAGCGGAGGCGUUUUGAAAGGCACUUGCAUAUAUCAACAGUUAUUUGCGAAAAACUCGCUGACAUCUUCACCAACUUUGUGCRACGACGAAACGAUUUUAUCGUUCCAAUACAUAGCUUGGAAAAAGCAGCGAAGGUAGGGAAAUUAUGUUUUUCUACAAAUCGAGCGACCSAAUAAAUUUUGUAUGUUGUCAAGUAUUCAACUUACCAAACUUGUCCUUUUUACCCCAGUCCUUAUAUGUCAUGGCGAAAGAAAGGAAUGAAAGAUCUCUUGGAGUAGAGUGCAUUCCGCCUUUGCUAUUUUCUAUAAAGCUUUAUGAUAAGCUUGAUGUGCUAAAUGGUCACAAAAAAGAUUAUCAAAUGUCCUCAAGGUUAUUUUUCUUAUCGUCUAUUUUCAUGUCGAAUGGUAAGGCCUACGAAUCCUUUUUUGUGUCUUGCAUGGUGAUAAAUCGCGAAUCACAAAAMAAAUCCGCUACUGCCACCUCGUCGGCAGAAUCAAAAGAGCAAAAUUUGUUAAAUUAUUUUGCUGCACUAAGCUGGGGACUUCUACCUCCGUCGUCCGACGAAGCUCCAAUGUUACCUCAAACAAUAAGAACGYUGUGCCGUCAAAUGGCAUUGAACGUGGGAAACGCCGAGAAGUGGAGUAUGACCGAAGGGUUGAUAGCACAUGYAGACGAWUCAUUCGUGSAUUGCUUAAUCGAAUCAUUUCAUGAAGAAUCCACAGGUAACGAAUCUAUGUUUCAAACAAUUCACCCCAUUGAUUCCAUCAGACURCURCUCGAUUUCGAAAAUAUUAUCGAUGAUGAAAGGAGAUUGGUACACWUAUUUUCGGUACUUGAAAUAACUAUCCAAGUCGGCCAAUCGAUGGGACAGCUUUCCCGUGAUUCAGAUGGUAACGGAACACAAAUCGAAGAUACUUUGCACAAUUAUUCGUGCCUACACAAUCUCCUCCAAAAGGCAAUCAUUGACCUUGAUUUGGAAUGCACUCGCUCUUUGCUUGGUCUACUCGAUCUCAUUGCUUCAGCUAGUUUAGUCCCAGAUAUAAGCAGAAGUAUGAGAAAGAAUGCCUUUCACUCCGAUCACGUCUUUGGAUUUGAUACUCCGCUGGUCAAUACUGCCAUGAGUAUAACAAAGGACUGUCUUGAACAACUCAAACUAUCAGUCGGCUUUCGCAACGAAAGAACGUCAGGAUUAUUAUGCGAGAGUCUUCGAAUCACACUACUCAGUCUUCUCGUUAUGCUUCAGCGAAGGUUAAGAGAGACAGAUUGCUUCAACGAUUUGUUAACCGAAUGCGUGAGCGUUGCCGAAGCAAUUGUAAGUUCGGAAAAUGAAAUCGACUCYAGGUCAAUUCGCUGGACGAUUUGGACGAUCACUAUUGUCCAGAAUGAAUUAGAAAUUAUAGCUGAUCAUGAUAGGGCUGCUAUUCUAUCACUAUGGACAUUGGCACUGGCCAAAAAAAUUGAGCCUUACCAACCAUGGUUUCAAGCUKCGGCAAUGACGGCCUUUGCGAAGGAAAGYAAUGUUACAAGAAUGAAUGAUUCCGUUACAAUCGCCUCUUGUGUUGUUACUACAGCUCACGGGUCUCCAUUUUGGAUUUUUGAGAAAGAGUUUCAACUCUGCAAACUUCGUUCCGAGGCAUUGAAGCUUGAUGCUCACGCCCAGGAAUCGUUUUGUACACAAAUGCAACRAGUGGAAGACAUUCAACUGGAACUCGAAAAAUCGAUGGUGGAAAAAGAUGAUGACAUGUUUGUMCUACACACUUGGGUUUUAUCAACCGCAUACAUCGUACAGUGCGAUAUCUCAUUGGUCUUUGGAUGUUAUCUUACAGCAUCAAAGACUGCGCAGAUGUGCCAAAGACUUUGCCAAAUGAUAAUGAAAAGAGCUUCAUUCAGGGUUAAAAAGUCCGACAACUGGAUGUCAGUCAUAGCAACUUCGACGGUUCUGACAAGAGCGUCACAGAGGUAUAUACAAGUUCUAUUUCGUAGGUCAAAUCUCCAAUAUCGACUKGGGGACCACCGCAAAGCUAUUGCGUACAUGCGCUCUGUACUCGAGUAUUUAAAGAUCGAUCCAGAUUCUUUGACUCUGAAAGAGAGGCAUGAUGUUGCACCUAAGGAYUUGGGUGUGUCUUUGGGCUUGGCAACACAGAUUCGUCACUUUCUCGAAGUGAAAAGCUGGGCUUCUACGAACGACACCACGGUGCAAGAGCUUUCUUACAUCAAACCAAAAGAUCUCAAACGUUGUUACUCCAAUGAUUCCUACCAAAGUCAAUUAUCAAUCGUGCAUUCAAUCCAAGAUAUGAUUGUUGGUAAGCCGAAACAAUGCAAUGUUGGACAUGAGUACUCUGAUGUUGAAAUUAAUCWUACCUCAACUUGUCUUCCCAUUUUUCUUCACAAGUCGGUGACAUCCUUUAUGGUGAUUCAAUGUCCAUAAAAUUUCAACAAACAUUUCAUUCCUUUUAUCAAGAGGCUGCAGCAUUGAUAGCUGAGAAGGCUGGGAAUAUCAAAGAGAURCCGUUAACCGCACCGAUAAAUAUGCAAGGAGCACUGGGAAUGCCAGUUUUCAACAAGGUGAAGCUACGCGACAUUCGUGGACUGCUGGAAUCUUCACACGAAUUGGAGAAGGAUWUGAAAAUGACCAUUCGCAAUUUAUGCAUUCACAUCGRAGAAAGUGAAUUCUCAAGUCCAGAAGACAAGGCAUGGUCGCUGUAUUACCUCGGAGUUCUGGAACUAGACAAUGCUAGACGAUCGGGCGCUCUGCAUCAAAUGUGGAAUGAYCAUGGUUGUGGUGAACAUUCAUGUUCUAGCUCAUCCGACGAUGAAAAUAUUCGUUUCUCRAGGCUAUAUCUAUCUAAAGCCUUGSUACAUUCGACGUCAGGUAGUGAUAUUUUCAGAAGAAACGUUCUUCGUAGUCUUGCUCUAGCACAAGGUCCAAAGAACAAUGAUGGCAUUGGAAACUCAGCCGGAAUACUUGUUUUGACUUCGAUUGGACAAUCAAUUCGAAGGAAACUGUCAUAUUCUUUUGACCAGGACCGGGAAUCGCACGAGGGAGAAUCUCUAAGRAAUUUGAGAGAUGUUUUCAGCUUCUUUGAUGUUGCAUCCGAAUCUGACAAAGAGAGAGAUGAAAAAAUCUCUGAGUUUCUUAGAGAGCUUGCUGUCCGAACUCCUAGCAAUUGGGAAUAUGUUGCUCCUGUGAUAUGUCCUUCUGGAGAAYUGCUCGUCGUUAUUGUWCGAAAGACAAAUCUGAAUCUGAAGGAAUUUGUGAUUUCAACGAAGUGUAUUUUUUCCCUAAGAGGAGAAAAUGCUUAUGACAAUAUUAUGAAACCAUUAGACAGCAUACUGGCCAGGGUUCAAGAACAUCUCAGUAAUGGAGUGGAUGCAUCUCUUCUUUCUAAAAGCGUUGACAAAGAGGCCAUCAAGAGGCAAUGGUGGAACGAACGCAAUCAGCUCGAUGCUGAGAUGUGCGGCUUGCUAGAAUAUGUAGAAUCGCUUUAUUUUGCAAGCGUCUUUGAUUCGAAUAAGAGGCUUUCAAAUUGUCCCGGGUCGUGUACAGAUUUCGAAGAGYUUCCAUCUGGAAACUUGGCGGCACGAUUCGAAGCUGCAUUAAAUGAUGGCGAUGACGACAAAAAUUCUUGCUAUUCUAAGAAAGAGCAUCAAGAGGAGGUUGAUAUUCUAAAGAAACUUACUGUACCUAAGUUGAAAGAUAGACUACUUUCCAUCGGUGCAGAAAAGUCUCAAUUAAGAAAGUUGCGAAAACUCGAUCUGAUUGAACUAUUGAUCCAAAUGGAGCGAGAAAAAUGUGACACCAAAAAAAACRAAGUCGAAGCUAAAGCACAAUAUUGCGAGAAAUCUGACGAUCCCGGCACCUGUCUCUUUUUGAUUCUAGACGAAAACCUACACCGCUUUCCGUUCGAAGGUAUGCCCGUCCUUGAAGCGAAGACGGUAUGCCGAGUUCCAUGCCUUUCCUUUGUACUUGCAACACUUUGSGAAUUCCAUGGUGCGCCCGACAACAUUCCAUUGGUUGAUCCAUGCAACGUAACGUACGUUGUCGACCCCGAAAACAAUCUGCAAGCCACACAGAAACGCAUUUUGCCAGCCCUUGAGAGCCUUGCCUCGUCUCACAAGUGGGAUUGGGACGGGAGAGUGGGCGAAACCCCGCCUGUUUCCUUCUUYUCGGAGGGUUUGAGUAAGAAAUACGGCCUGAUGAUGUACUUCGGACACGGUGGUGCUCAGGUUUGUUUCUCACGCAGGCUGGUCGAGGAGCUCAUCGCUGUACGGUCACCAAGCUUGCGUGAUCAAACCGAGAGCAACAAACCUUGCCGGGCGGCCGUGAUUCUCAUGGGCUGUAGCAGCGGCAAACUCGUCUCGAUCAACAGGAAAAAUUCCAGCUCGGUGGAACAAACUCCCCUUUACUACGAACCAGAGGGUGUUGCCUUGUCCUAUCUAUGUGCCGGAGCUCCCUGCGUUGUCGGGAAUUUGUGGGAUGUGACAGACAACGAUAUUGACAGGUGAGUGGUUGUUAUUCUCGAUCGGUCGRCUYSGCUCGGCUCGGAUCUUGCUGUGUUUAUCCUAUCGSAGAGCUGUUUUCUAUGGUCUCCCGGCCCUCACUCCACUUUUGUGUGUGCGUUGUUUGCMUGUCGGAACCGUCCGCACGCUUUUUCCGAACCAGGUUUUCCAUAUCUCUCCUGCAGCACUUUUUUGGCCGGGAACRKACCAARCAGGGACGACGGGGCGGCGUGAGCCUCGCGGAGGGAGUCUCCCUUUCUAGGUCGGCGUGCAAGCUCCGGUACCUAGUAGGAUGCGCCCCCGUGUGCUACGGCGUCCCGGUGCAUCUCCUCGGAGCCAACACCGGAACGCCUCCGGAUCCUUUCCGAUGAGAAACGUGCGUGCACGUGUGCAUGGAUCGUGACGCAUGACUACCGCCCRUGGCAGACCAUGAAGCCGAACCGUCUAGAGAAGAAUUCUAUAAUAAUAAUAACACUAUACU